AUGAGGCUACAGCUAGUCAACAUGCUCGCGGCUGGCGGAUUCAGUCUCCGAAAAUGGGCGUCCAACGCUGCCGAGUUGCUGGAGGAUUUACCUACAAAGGAUCGAGCUAUCGAUAUGGAUUAUUCGUUGGAUGAGGAUAGCAGCAUCAAAGUUCUCGGCAUAGCAUGGGCACCUCAAGACGACGCCUUCUCCUUCCGUAUUUUGCUCCCGCCCCCGUCGGCAGCUACUAAGCGCUUAAUUCUCGCAACGAUCGCCAGAAUUUUUGACCCCCUUGAGUGGGCUACCCCGGUAAUCAUUAUUGCUAAAAUCCUAAUGCAAGAAUUAUGGAUUAGGACAUGCGACUGGGAUGAGCCGCUUCCCACUGACCUCAACGAACGGUGGAAAACCUAUCGCGGCUCACUUCAGUCUCUCGACAAGAUUCGGAUUCCACGCUGGACCGGACUAUCUAAACACGUCAUUCACGUCGAACUCCACGGUUUUUCUGACGCAUCGAUUAAGGCUAUAAGUGCCGUAGUGUACAUGAGGAUCACCUAUUCGAGGGAUGUCAAGGUCACACUCAUCGCCGCCAAAUCUAAGGUGGCGCCAAUAAAAACUCUGCCUAUCCCGCGACUAGAGUUAAGCGGUGCAGUAUUAUUGGUUCGAUUGCUGCGAUACGUUGUCGAUGCGAUGCAAUCCCCGAAUAUUGCAAUCCAUUGCUGGACAGAUUCGACAAUCGUACUCGAGUGGCUCAAAAAACAUCCCUCCACGUGGGCUACGUUUGUGGCUAAUCGGGUGUCGAAAAUUCAAACCGAGCUACCUUCUGCCACCUGGCACCAUGUACCGACCAAUUCGAAUCCAGCGGAUAUUGCCUCGCGUGGCGUCACUCCUGCGGAGUUUGCAUCUUGCAGGCUCUGGUGGUCUGGACCGGAUUGGUUAGAACAGGCUCUGAGUUUAUGGCCCAUGUGUACUUCUAAAGAUACCGGCGAAGAUACCCGCGGCGUCUGCUCCGAAAUCCGCAAAGGUGCGGUUCUCCACAUCCGUGAUUGGCCAAGCCGCUUGCUCUGGACGACCUUCCACAUCGAUUGUCAUCGUGGACGCGUCUUCUUAGAGUGA